AAUGAUCAUCAUUAAGAAUGUUGGUUCUACUGAAACAGACCCUCCACGCGCUAAGCGAUGGCUCCGUGGUACUCGUUGGGUCUUUCUCCUGAUCAUCUCAGUCCUCAUUUACGGCUCUCACGCUCCUCUCAUCUCUCUCACUAAAUCAAACGGCCGUGUUCCCUUCAGCCCGUCAUCGUGCGUUGUUCUGAUCGAAUUCAGCAAGCUGCUGAUCUCUCUCAGUGCUCUCUUUGCUUCAGGGGACAUCCACACCAUCAAGGUUUCUGUAUCCUGGGCCUCAGUGGUGCCGUACGCUCUCCCUGCUCUGCUUUACGCGUUCAACAACAACCUGGUGGUCUUCAUGCAGGCCUACAUGGACCCCAGUUCAUUCCAGGUCCUCAGCAACCUGAAGAUCGCCUCCACCGCUCUACUCUACACCUCCUGCCUGAGGAAGAGGCUGCGCCGCGCUCAGUGGACGGCCCUGGCGUUUCUCAUGGUGGCCGGGGCACUUCACAGCUACUCCAGCCUGGAUUGGGAGAUUCCAGAUCAGGGAGAAGAGGACGCAAGAGCCGGGCUUCACAUCACAGCCUGGGGACUGCUGCUUGUACUCCUUUACUGCUUCGUGUCCGGACUUGCUGCAGUCUACACUGAAAAAGUUUUAAAAAGCCAGCGUCUGCCUCUGAGCCUGCAGAAUCUGUUCCUGUAUAUAUUUGGCGUGGGGAUCAAUCUGACGUCACAUUUCUACAGCAGUGGAACAGAGCAGGCCUUUCUAGACGGAUAUUCUGCACUGGUGUGGGUCAUCGUAGCAGGACAGGCAGCUAACGGCCUGCUGAUGUCUGUAGUAAUGAAACAUGGAACUGGAAUCACGCGACUCUUCAUCAUCUCCUCAGCCAUGCUGGUGAACAGCGUGCUCUCCUGGUGGCUGCUGGGAUUGCAGCUCACGCCUUUCUUUCUCCUGCCUGUGCUGAUGAUCGCAGUAGCUGUGUACCUCUAUUACAGGUAAAUCAUCUGGAAGUAGGGCUGCACACUUAACUGUAUUUUAAUCAGGAGUUCAAUUCCUGGCUUUGUAAAUAAAUUAAACAUAAUGGAAUCCAGUGUUCAUCUGAUUGACUAAUGACAUAUGUUGAUUGAUUUAUUCUUUUUUUUGUGCAUUGAAUCAUGAGCUCCCCAUUUAAUUAAAAGUGGUGAUUUUAGUUCA